GAACCAAACCGCCCAUUUCCUGGGCUAAACAGGAAGCACUUUUCUGACGUCAGAUGCGCUUUUCUUUCUUCACAACAACAAUAGAUUAUUUAACUUAUUUAUUGAGGCUUUUCUGAAACAAACUGGCAGGUUGAGCCGCGAUUUAACAGGAGUUCAGCGGGACGCCAUGUUGUCGGACGCAGAUUACUCCGGGAACGGCUCCGGUGCUCGCAGAGCCAGGAAACGGAGCUCCGGUGAGUCCCCGGGGGACGGACAGACCCUGCGCUCCUCCGGGAGGCAGAGCACCACCCGGGUGAAGCGCAGCAACAACCCUCCACCUGGACAGAGCAAAAGGAAAGCCACAGAAACAGAGGAGGAAGAUGAGCAGGCUGAGAAGAAGUACAGGAAAUGUGAGAAGGCGGGAUGCUCGGCCAUCUACCCAGUUUGUUUUGCGAGCGCAUCAGACAGGUGUGCAAAAAAUGGAUACACUUCUCGCUGGUACCACCUGUCAUGUGGUGAACAUUUUUGCAACGAGUGUUUUGAUCACUACUAUAGAAGUCACAAGGACGGCUACGAGACGUUUGCUUCCUGGAGGAAGGUGUGGACUAGUAACGGGAAAAGCGAGCCAAGCCUUAAGGCCUUCAUGGCCGACCAGCAGCUGCCGUUCUGGGUUCAGUGCACCAAACCGGACUGCAGGAAGUGGCGCCAGCUGACCAAGGAGAUCCAGCUAACCUCCUCCCUGGCAGCAGCAUACCGCUGCGGCAUGAAGGUCAACAACGUCAAGAUUGAAGGACCUGACCAGUGUUCCCAACCAGAGGACUUGAGGGUUGCAGAGGUGAGCGAGAGCUGGUGGCACUCCAUGCUGAUUCUGCCUCCGCUGCUGAAGGAAAGUCCGGCCGGCGCCUUCCUCUCGGCGUAUUAUCCCGACUGCGUGGGGAUGAGUCCGUCCGGCUCUCCCUGCAACGUCUCUGCGGCCGAGCUGCGGGCGGAGCCGUGCAGAGCCGUGCAGCCGCAGAGUAAGUUCGGGAGAUGGGCCGACGUUCUGGAUCGGAGCGAAGCAUCAUGCCUCUCCUCUCCGUCAGUUCCAGGCCUCUGUCCGUACUUCCAGCCCUUCUACCAGCCCAACGAGUGCGGAAAGGCUCUGUGUGUGCGGCCCGACAUGAUGGAGCUGGACGAGCUCUAUGAGUUUCCAGAGUUUUCCCGGGAUCCCACCAUGUACCUGGCCCUGAGGAACCUCAUCCUGGCCUCCUGGCACAAGAACUGCAAGGAAGUGCUAACGGCUGAGAAGUGUGCUCAGCACAUCAUCGUUCGUGGUUUGGUGCGCGUGUGCUGCGUUCAGGAGCUGGACCGGGUUCUCCACUUCAUGACCAGGAAGGGCCUGAUCAACACCGGCGUUCUGGCGGUGAAACAGCCUCUGCUGCCAGAACGAUACCACUCAAAGAAGGUGAUCGUCAUCGGUGCCGGCGCCGCAGGACUGGCUGCGGCCCGGCAGCUGCAUAAUUUUGGGACACAGGUGGUUCUGCUCGAGGCCCGGGACAGAAUCGGCGGUCGGGUUUGGGACGACGGCUCUCUGGGCGUCACCGUCGGCCGAGGCGCCCAGAUCGUCAACGGCUGCGUGAACAACCCCAUCGCUCUGAUGUGUGAACAGAUGGGCAUCAGGAUGCACAAGCUGGGCGAGCGCUGCGACCUCUUCCAGGAGGGCGGGCGAGCCACCGACCCGGCCAUCGACAAGCGCAUGGACUUCCACUUCAACGCCAUCCUGGACGUGGUUUCAGACUGGAGGAACGACAAGUCGCAGAGCCAGGACGCGCCACUAGGAGAAAAGGUUCAGGAGAUAAAGAAGAACUUUCUGCAGGAGUCUGGGAUGCAGUUCAGUGAUUUGGAGGAGAAAGUUCUUCAGUUUCAUCUCAGCAACCUGGAGUUCGCCUGUGGAAGUACGUUAGACCAGGUAUCGGCCCGAUUCUGGGACCACAACGAGUUUUUUGCCCAGUUCUCAGGAGAUCACACUCUAUUAACGAAGGGCUACUCAGUUUUACUCCACAAACUGGCUGAAGGCCUCGAAAUCCGCACCAACAGUCCGGUUCAGGCCAUCGACUACUCAGCUGACGCUGUUAAGGUGACCUCCUCUAAUGGAUCCCAGUGGACGGCCCAGAAGGUCCUCGUUACGGUCCCGCUGACUCUGCUGCAGGAAAACGCCAUCCGCUUCAACCCGCCACUUCCUGAACGGAAGCUGAAGGCGAUCCACAGUCUGGGAGCGGGAAUCAUAGAAAAGAUUGCUCUUCAGUUUCCGAACCGGUUCUGGGACUCAAAGAUCCAAGGAGCGGAUUAUUUUGGUCACGUCCCGCCGAGUCCAGAGAAGAGAGGCAUGUUCAGCGUCUUCUACGACCUCGACCCACAGGGCAAACAGGCUGUGCUGAUGUCCAUCAUGUCUGGUGAUGCGGUUUCUGCCGUCGGGGACCUGGAGGACUCGCAGGUGGUCGACGAGGCCCUGAAGGUCCUGCGAGAACUUUUCCCAGAGCAGGAAGUUCCUGAUCCUCUGAAUUAUUUUGUGACGCGUUGGAGCAAAGACGUGUGGUCCCAGAUGUCAUACAGCUUCGUGAAGACAGGGGGCAGCGGUGAGGCGUACGACAUCCUGGCAGAAGACGUGCAGGGAAAGGUUUUCUUUGCAGGCGAGGCCACAAACCGACACUUCCCUCAGACGGUGACCGGAGCCUACCUCAGCGGUGUCAGAGAGGCCAGCAAGAUGGCCGCCGUGUGACCGGACCGCCCUGCCGCUCUCUGAAGCACCAACUCGAACUCACUGUGACAGCCGUCUCUGCCGCUGGUUCCGGUCCGGAUCUGCAGCUCCUUUCCACCAGAGAAAUGCUGUUUAUUCAUGUCAUUUGAUGCAAACUGCAGCUCUGAGUAGAUCCAUCAGAACCAUGAUGCUUAAAUGUGGAUGAACUCUCAGGCGUCAUCAUCAUCACUGAACAGAUUAUUCAGAGUUUUUCCACUUUUAGAAAUUAAUGAUCGGUAGUUUUUCUGGUCGAUGUUUUAUGAUGAAUUGUUCAUUUAGUCAGAGUGAUUCUUCCGCAGCACUUUUGAUUUAAAACAGUAAGUCUCUUACCGAGUGGACCUCAGCAUUCAGAAUACAACAGACUGUUCUGUUUCUCAGGGAUCUUAUCAGGAAGGGCUGAUUUUAAAACACCGCCCAGUUUUCAAUAUGUGGAAAUAAAAACGACGGAAAUCCUUCCUGAAAAGUGACGUUCCUGAGAUUUGGAGAAGUUCCUCACUUUGUCUCGAUUGACUGUGACUGACGAGAAUUCAUGUGAUUUCAUGUCCUGUUUGUCUUGAUUGUGUAAUAAACCGAGCUACAAACUGCCACAAAAAUCA